AUGGUGGCACCUAAGAAAAUGGUCAGAGGCAAUUCUUCCAUGGUGACUGAGUUUAUUCUCUUGGGAUUAACGGAUCGACCAGAGCUUCAGCCUGUCCUCUUUGUGCUCUUCCUGUUGAUCUAUCUAAUCACUGUUGGGGGAAAUCUUGGGAUGAUGGUGCUGAUCAGGGUUGACUCACGCCUGCACACACCUAUGUACUACUUUCUUGCCAGCUUGUCCUGCUUGGAUUUGUGCUAUUCCACCAAUGUGACACCCAAGAUGCUGGUCAACUUUUUAUCAGAGAAGAAAACCAUUUCCUAUGCUGCUUGUUUAGUCCAGUGCUACUUUUUCAUUUCUAUGGUGAUUACUGAGUAUUAUAUGCUAGCUGUGAUGGCUUAUGACAGGUACAUGGCCAUCUGUAACCCUUUGCUUUACAGCAGCAAGAUGUCCAAAGGAGUCUGUGUUCGACUGAUUGCUGGCCCCUAUAUUUAUGGGUUCCUUAGUGGCCUGAUGGAAACCAUGUGGACAUACCACUUAACCUUCUGUGGCUCCAAUAUCAUCAACCACUUCUACUGUGCUGACCCUCCCCUCAUCAGACUAUCCUGCUCUGACACAUUCAUUAAGGAAACGUCCAUGUUUGUGGUAGCGGGAUUUAACCUCUCCAACUCCUUGCUCAUAAUUCUUAUUUCCUAUUUGUUCAUCCUCAUUUCCAUCCUAAGAAUGCGCUCUGCAGAAGGCAGGCGCAAAGCAUUUUCCACCUGCGGGUCCCAUCUGGUGGCUGUGACUGUGUUUUAUGGGACUCUCUUCUGCAUGUAUGUUAGACCUCCCACAGACAAGUCAGUGGAACAAUCCAAAAUCAUUGCUGUGUUCUACACUUUUGUAAGUCCUAUGUUGAACCCCAUCAUUUAUAGCCUGAGGAACAAGGAUGUGAAACAAGCGUUCCGGAAACUGGUCAGAAGAAAUGUUUUCGAAGUAAAAUUGUAG